UCCAUUAUAAAAAUCAAUAACAUCAGAAUUUUUCCUGUCUCAAGCCAAGUUAUAUAGGUCAUAAACUAUAAAUGCAUGUGCACCUUUCAUACAAAUCUCUACAAUAGUUUUUGCGUGGUUUAGUAACAAUAAAUUCACAUUUCUUUUCAGUUGUAGAAUAUGUGGGGAAUAUAAUAUGUAGAGAAGAAGCAAUAACAUAUAUAGUUAUAAAACACCAUACUCUGUCUGCGCGUCGCGCUGCUUGCUUACGUAGUCGGGUAAACACUCGGGGGACUUUGGGCGUCAAGGACUUGACUGUUUAGAGAAUGUUCGUUUGCCUUUUGAAUCAAAUAAAUGAUAAACAAUAAUAUAAAACUGGCGCGCAAAUCUGACAGUUUGGUUAUCUCGAAAUCGGAAGUUAAUUUGACCACAAUUUUUCAGGCUUAAAAUCACUUUUUCUGAAUUAUAACCGCUGAAUAAUGAAGUUUGCAAUACCUGAAAUAUCUUGGCAUAACAGAGAUCCUGUUUUAAGUGUGGAUUUCCAACCAAAAUGUGAUGGUAAUGGACCUUUGCGACUUGCAACAGGUGGCACAGAUUCUCAUGUUUUGAUAUGGUAUAUAACAACUGCAGAUGCUGGGUCUGUUAAUAUCGAAGUAGCUGCUGAUUUAACUCGUCAUCAGAAAGCUGUAAAUGUAGUGAGAUGGUCUCCAAAUGGACACCUAUUAGCUUCAGGGGACGAUGAGUCUAUUAUAUUUAUAUGGCAACAAAAAACAGAGAAAGAAGUUGCUCCAGUAUUAGAACAAGGUGAAGAACAAUAUAAAGAAACUUGGGUUAUUCACAAGACACUGCGUGGUCACAUGGAAGAUGUCCUCGAUUUGUGCUGGAGUCCAGAUUCUUUACAUAUUGCGUCAGGCUCUGUUGACAAUAAGCUCAUGGUGUGGGAUGUGUCUCGAGGGAGGUACAGCUCCAUCAUCACGGAUCAUAAAGGAUUUGUACAGGGAGUGGCUUGGGAUCCUCAGAACGGGUUCAUUGCCUCAGCUAGCUCUGACAGAGUAUUUCGUACAUUUGACAUUUCCACAAAGAAGGUUGUGUCUCGGAGCAGUAAAGCCACCUUGCCAUUUCUUCUGGAGCAUCCUUUGCAUAAUGUGAAAGUGAGGCUGUAUCAUGACGACACUUUGCAGACAUAUUACCGUAGAUUGCACUUCAGCCCCGAUGGUCUGCUGAUUGCUGUCCCGGCUGGGAGAAUAGAGCCAGAACAAGGCAAGAUGGAUAUGAAGCCGAUCAACGCCGUUUACAUUUACACUAGAUAUUCUCUCAAAAUUCCCGUAUGCGUGCUGCCUUGCGGUGAAGCAGCACUGGUGACCCGCUGGAGCCCCGUCUUGUACCGAGUGCGGGGCUCCGGGCCGGGGGCUGCUUUCAAGACCCACGGACGGAUGAUACUGGCCGUAGCUACCAAGAGAUCCGUGCUUAUAUACGACACGCAGCAGAAGACUCCACUCGCUGUCAUAUCCAAUAUACACUACACUAGACUGACAGACCUGACGUGGUCAUCGGAUGGCAGACAAUUGGUGGCUUCCAGUACGGAUGGGUUUUGUUCGGUCAUCUCCUUCGGGGAGAACGAGCUCGGGGAACCCUUGUCUAAAGCAGAAAUCGAACUACACAAACAACCUGCACCCAUGAAAGUUGAAGAAAGUGAGCCACAGAACACUGAAUCUACAAAAGUGAAGACCCCCGAAGAAACUAAACCAGCCAGCAAUCUACAGAAAAUAGACUCGUUUAUCAAAUUCAAAACUCCUUCACAGAAAUCGCCCAAGAAGCAGAAGGUCCAGCAAGUCCAACAGAAAACCCCGGUCAAGAGGGACAUUUUGGACGAUGUGGCCAUGUCUUCGUGGUCGGAUAACUCCAACAACGAUAUAGUUGUGCCGAAACAGACAGAGGCUAUGGAAGUUGAUCAGCCAAGCGAUAAACCUUCCGAGGUCAUCGAAAUCGAGGACAGUGAAGAUAUGAAGCUCGUUUACGAUGAAACAGAAACGAAAUCCGAAAGUCCACCUAAAGAUUCUAAGAAAACAUCUCCUGAAAGGAAUAAGGAACAGACCGUUCAACCGACUACCCCGAAGACUUCCAUCACUGUUAACAAAGACAGUGGUAACUUCUUGAAACAAGCUAAAGUGACCGAUAUCAAAGAACCCGUGGCGGUGAAGGCUGCCCCGAGCCCCAAAGCUCCCCGAAGAGUUAGUUUUGUAACACUUUCUAGUCCUAAAAACGCGAAGAAAAAGUGAAACACUCAAGUUUUAUCAAAAACAAAAGAUAUGGACUCUUAAUUUGGUGCAGGUGAAAAUAAACUCAGAUUAAAAGUAAACAUUUAUAAUAAAUAUUUACAAAUCAAUGCUAUCACAUUUCAAAAUAAAGGAGAGUAUAAUAAUAACAAAAUAUAUUUCGUCAGAGUCAUACUUACCUAGCUUAUCAGGCGACUUUAUCCUGUUCCAAUCAAUUGUAAAAUAAAUCUAUACAGAUAUCAAAAAACUGAGUUUUUAAUUUCACAUUAUUUAUAAGAUGGGAAGAAAAAUCAACGAAUCGACAAUUACAAUUCAAACUGUUGGUUUAGGUGAUAUGAGAUAUUUAUUCUAUCAUUCGUUCUUCGUCUACCUAAAUCUACUUUAUAAGAUCCAUAACAAACGCUCACUGCCUUCUAAACACGUGAAUCGUAUCGAAUGAUUCAGCACUUGGAAAUGCAACAAACUUAUAAUAUAUUUGGAGAAUACUCUGUUCUGUGGACGUAUACGAAAUACGCCAUCUUUUGUCCCGUUCAGUCUUCGGUGAGGUCAGCCGUUCGUUCGACUUCGCAUCAUAGUAGGGGACCGCCUGCUUAUCUGUACAGCCUCGCGAAGUCUCUUAGUAGCCGCGUCAACUCUUUGCUUUUCUCUGCUCUGAAAUGAACAAACAAUACUAGAUGUUUAAAUCUAAAUAAAAGUUUUACUAGAAAAAGAUCCACGCGGACCAGGCAGCGGGCGGGACUCGAACCCGCACCCUUCGCAAUCCGGGCGAAUGCACUGACCAAUUAUGCUACCACAGCCCUGAUGGCCGCGUCGAAAUUUUCCUAGCCUUAAGCUGCAAGACAGCGCCAUCACUUCGCAUUUUUUUCUAGUAAAACUUUUCUUUAGAAUUAAAAUUAAAUGUGUUAAUAAAAACAGAAAAUGUGUCUCUCGAAUAUUAUAUUAAAAAUGUAUUUAUAUUAAGAAAAUGUUCUUUGUUAUUUGAUAAUCCUAAAAUAUAUACAUUACCCUAACCGUAAAAUGUAAACUUUUAAAAACUAAUGGUCAAUUCAUUCUAGCGCAGUAGAAGCGUAUCAAAGCGUUAAAGAAUAGAAUUCGCUGAUUAUCAUCCCGGAAGGAAUGUGUGCAUUAAGUGGCAGAGAUAAGGCUGAUUUUGCUUUGUUACGUUUUGGAAUGACGCUUCGACUUUGCUAUCGACUAGCCACAGGCUCUUUCAUGGCACUAUUUUGCGUCAUCCAUAUUACUUGGAACCACCGAAGUCUACAUCAUCAUCAUCCUAUUAAUGUUCCCACUGCUGGGGCACAGGCCUUCCCUUUGGAUGCAAUAGGGAGAUUGGGUCAUGACCCACCACGCGGACCCAGUGCGGAUUAGCAGGUGCUAACGACUGCAGAUGCAGCCGGGACAGGACAAACACGGAGGAACACGAGAUAGAAGAUUUUUGGUCAACCAUCCAAUGACCGACCACUGAGAAAGUUGCUUAACUUCAACGAUCGCAGCCGAACGCGCUAACCAUCUGCGCCAUCGAGUUCCUCCGAAGUCUACAACAGUUCGUUUUCAGAGAUCUUUUAUUCCACGGUCAAUAAAAUUAUGGAAUGAGCUCUCCUCUACGAUGUCCCCUCAGUACUAUAUAAUGGUCCUCUUUCAGAGAGGCUGAAACAGAGUGUUUUACGAAACGCAGCGGCAUGUCUACUUUACAUCAGGUGGCCAGGCCGCUCGUUUUCGUUCGAAGGACAUAAAUAAGUGUCGUCUAGGGAUGCCCGAAAGAAGCGAAGUAAGGUUAAGGUAAUGGUAAUAACACGUCGUUGAAAGGUGUUAACAAUUAUGCUAACCAUCUUAUAACAUCAACGAUAUUAAAUACCCUAAAUACACCACGAGCGCUCAAAAUAUGUCCCAAUCAAGAAGUGCUUGAACUCCACUCAAGCGCGCGGACCGUUACAAAGACAAGAUGCCACAGAGCACCGUGAAAAAAUACGAAAAUAAUACUUAGAGUAUAUUUGUUUCUUAGGUUUUCACGCACAUCACUAAUUAUGUCCCAUGUCUCACUCAUGUCUAUGCACGAAUUUAUUAUCUAAUUUCAUUAAUAAAGUACUUUAUUUAAUUUUUUUUUAAUUUUUGAGUUUAUAUAUUUGGCCCUAACUACCGUAAACUACCAUCGGUUCCAAAAUUGGGAGACCUUUCUGAGAAGAACCAACUCAGAGGCUUUCUAUCUCCUUCUUAUGUUAAAUCAUGCAAACAAAAAGAACUAAUAGUAUCUGUUGGUCAAACACCACACACACUGCAAGACCAACAGAUACUAUUAGUUCUUUUUGUUUGCAUGAUUUAACAUAAGAAGGAGAUAGAAAGCCUCUGUGAGUUUGUUUCGUCUCUCUCGUGCAUAGACAAUAAAAUUUUAAAAUCUUCCAAUGAAAUAUCCGAACGUUCAAUAAAAAGUCUUUCGAAGGUAGCUCGACAAAGUAAAUAAAAUCAUUAGUCUGACGACGUUGACCUGAAAAGGCUGCGAAACGUCAUAAACAAAUAAAAUAAGUACAUCUUACUCGUUGAAAAGUGUUUUAUUUAAUACUUAGAGUACGAAAAGUGUCAUUUUUUCGACAGGUAUAUAUAUAUAUAAUCAAUGUUUGUUAAUUUAACGCAUUUAAAGUAAAUUUUGUUCUAAUACUUACUAUAAACUGAUUUAAUAUAAAAUAUUUUUGAUAUUCAAAUGCAUGGUCGGUUUUAUGUUGCCGUUUAGCCGUCUCUUUUCCUCGCGGUCCGUACCUGCUAUAUUGCUUCAGCGCAUUCAGAAUUGCGAAUAAGGUCUACAUUCUUCCGCAUACAGCUAAAAGUCGUAAAAUUUUACGAGAAUCCAUUUCUAACUAUCAGAAAUCUUUGACGCAUGUGUUUUAAUUACGACCUUAUACAGUAUGUAUUAAAGGUGACUUUCAAUGUUUAAAUAAUGGCUUAUAUUGUUUUUGACUACGCGAUCAUCUUACGGGGCUUCGUGGAUCAUCUAAUAUACCUUUUGGACAGGUUUCGAUUCGAUUUUGUUCGUGUUAGUGUAUCUAGGGUAUUUAAUAUCGUUGUAUAACAUAAAAUAAAUAAGUAAAAACCAGCCUUCUUGCAUUGACGUAAGUUAACAUAUUGUCACAAACGCUCUCGAAAAGUAACCGCGAAAGUGCUAGAGAUCGAAUUUGCUAGAUCACCGCGGGUCGCGAUAGAGGUCGACUAAUGCGGCGCAUUCUAAAAUGAGCCUUAUGCAGUGCGGCGUAAGGGUGAAAGCGCAACGACAUCUGCACUUGUUUACAAGUUAUGCGUGUUACCUGCGCAGGUAUAAGUAGGUAUUUCGUACUCGCGGGUGCUAGGUAAUUCUCAAUUUAACAGGUACUUUCUAGAAUGCGUCGAUCGGCGUAUAUAAGCGCGAUUGGAGCCGCGAUGAGACAGUUGAGUUUCAACAGCGAUUUCGGAGCGAAUCCAAAGGCGAUCAAAGUGCAACAAAAGUGUUCAAGUGCGAUAGUUUAGAGACUUAUAUAGAGAAAUACAGUGUUUAGUGAGUGUUUUGUAAUUAUCAUUGUGUGUUAAUUGUGUGGUGAAUAAAGUACUGUCAGGCGUGAACUGGCAUAUAAAUUCGAACCCCAUCCCGACACGUAACAAUAUGUUUUUUUUACUACGGUAAAUAACGUAUUCACGCAACAAACGGUUGAUAUAAAAUAGGUACUAUUUUUACAAAUCAUGAUAGUAGUUCUGACAAAAUAUACUAGAUGGCUCCGUUAAUUUGUGUGUAACGGAAAAAUAUGACGUUCAGCAUGGAUAAUGUGAUGAUCUUCGUGGCCGAGAGGUUUGUACGCCGGGUUUCAUGGUGUCGCCGACUCGAGGUCCUGGGUUCAAAUACCGGUGGGGGUUGUGGUGAAUCACGUCUUCUACGUGUUGAUAACACUUCCCUGAUAUGAUUAGGUAUCUUAGCCCUAAGUACGUAAUUAACGUAGACUAAGUAGUAUACAAGAUGUAGGAUAACUUAAUAAAAUGUGGAUUCCACACUGAACGCUCGUCGUGAUUUCUCCCGUGAGUCACUUACACCCCAUCACCACAGGGCAGAUGUUUGUGUGAUGAAUACGAGCAUUUGUUCUACAUGCUUUUAAUUUGGCAAGACGAAAAUUAGGUAAUAGGGAUGAUGACGGGGUACAGUAAACGAAAUUCUAUUUAGUCCGCCAGUUAGAUGGUCAAAAAAUAAUGUACACGUAUUUUUUCUUUGGGCGAUCAACCAAAAAAUUACAAAGUUAUAGCGCGUCAAAGUUUGGGAGUGGGGGUUCGUGACGUCACUUGUGAGUGAAUUUUCGCUUAAAAGUGUACUCAAACGUGACGUCGUGCGACUUUUCAAAUCAAUACGUCUCUGCAAUGUUUAUAUUAUGUGAAAAAAGAAAAAAUACGUGUCCAAUACUUUUCGAUAAUCUACCUGAUGAACGGAGAAAAAAAAAAUAGUCAUCAUUCUUAUUGUCGGGCGCGGCAGGCGCCGCAGCGCCCCCUGCAGCCAGUCCUGGUGCUGGGGCUGGGGCUGGGGCUGGACACACACACAGGUACCUGCCGGCCGCGUGAUGGAACGCAGCGGCCUGGUGCGGCGUGGGCGCGGCGCGGGCGCGGGGCGAGGGCGGGCGCGGCAGGCGCCGCAGCGCCCCCUGCAGCCAGUCCUGGUGCUGGGGCUGGGGCUGGGGCUGGGGCUGGGGCUGGACACACACACAGGUACCUGCCGGCCGCGUGAUGGAACGCAGCGGCCUGGUGCGGCGUGGGCGCGGCGCGGGCGCGGGGCGAGGGCGGGCGCGGCAGGCGCCGCAGCGCCCCCUGCAGCCAGUCCUGGUGCUGGGGCUGGGGCUGGGGCUGGGGCUGGACACACACACAGGUACCUGCCGGCCGCGUGAUGGAACGCAGCGGCCUGGUGCGGCGUGGGCGCGGCGCGGGCGCGGGGCGAGGGCGGGCGCGGCAGGCGCCGCAGCGCCCCCUGCAGCCAGUCCUGGUGCUGGGGCUGGGGCUGGGGCUGGGGCUGGGGCUGGACACACACACAGGUACCUGCCGGCCGCGUGAUGGAACGCAGCGGCCUGGUGCGGCGUGGGCGCGGCGCGGGCGCGGGGCGAGGGCGGGCGCGGCAGGCGCCGCAGCGCCCCCUGCAGCCAGUCCUGGUGCUGGGGCUGGGGCUGGGGCUGGGGCUGGACACACACACAGGUACCUGCCGGCCGCGUGAUGGAACGCAGCGGCCUGGUGCGGCGUGGGCGCGGCGCGGGCGCGGGGCGAGGGCGGGCGCGGCAGGCGCCGCAGCGCCCCCUGCAGCCAGUCCUGGUGCUGGGGCUGGGGCUGGGGCUGGGGCUGGGGCUGGACACACACACAGGUACCUGCCGGCCGCGUGAUGGAACGCAGCGGCCUGGUGCGGCGUGGGCGCGGCGCGGGCGCGGGGCGAGGGCGGGCGCGGCAGGCGCCGCAGCGCCCCCUGCAGCCAGUCCUGGUGCUGGGGCUGGGGCUGGGGCUGGGGCUGGACACACACACAGGUACCUGCCGGCCGCGUGAUGGAACGCAGCGGCCUGGUGCGGCGUGGGCGCGGCGCGGGCGCGGGGCGAGGGCGGGCGCGGCAGGCGCCGCAGCGCCCCCUGCAGCCAGUCCUGGUGCUGGGGCUGGGGCUGGGGCUGGGGCUGGACACACACACAGGUACCUGCCGGCCGCGUGAUGGAACGCAGCGGCCUGGUGCGGCGUGGGCGCGGCGCGGGCGCGGGGCGAGGGCGGGCGCGGCAGGCGCCGCAGCGCCCCCUGCAGCCAGUCCUGGUGCUGGGGCUGGGGCUGGGGCUGGGGCUGGACACACACACAGGUACCUGCCGGCCGCGUGAUGGAACGCAGCGGCCUGGUGCGGCGUGGGCGCGGCGCGGGCGCGGGGCGAGGGCGGGCGCGGCAGGCGCCGCAGCGCCCCCUGCAGCCAGUCCUGGUGCUGGGGCUGGGGCUGGGGCUGGGGCUGGACACACACACAGGUACCUGCCGGCCGCGUGAUGGAACGCAGCGGCCUGGUGCGGCGUGGGCGCGGCGCGGGCGCGGGGCGAGGGCGGGCGCGGCAGGCGCCGCAGCGCCCCCUGCAGCCAGUCCUGGUGCUGGGGCUGGGGCUGGGGCUGGGGCUGGGGCUGGACACACACACAGGUACCUGCCGGCCGCGUGAUGGAACGCAGCGGCCUGGUGCGGCGUGGGCGCGGCGCGGGCGCGGGGCGAGGGCGGGCGCGGCAGGCGCCGCAGCGCCCCCUGCAGCCAGUCCUGGUGCUGGGGCUGGGGCUGGGGCUGGGGCUGGACACACACACAGGUACCUGCCGGCCGCGUGAUGGAACGCAGCGGCCUGGUGCGGCGUGGGCGCGGCGCGGGCGCGGGGCGAGGGCGGGCGCGGCAGGCGCCGCAGCGCCCCCUGCAGCCAGUCCUGGUGCUGGGGCUGGGGCUGGGGCUGGGGCUGGGGCUGGACACACACACAGGUACCUGCCGGCCGCGUGAUGGAACGCAGCGGCCUGGUGCGGCGUGGGCGCGGCGCGGGCGCGGGGCGAGGGCGGGCGCGGCAGGCGCCGCAGCGCCCCCUGCAGCCAGUCCUGGUGCUGGGGCUGGGGCUGGGGCUGGGGCUGGGGCUGGGGCUGGACACACACACAGGUACCUGCCGGCCGCGUGAUGGAACGCAGCGGCCUGGUGCGGCGUGGGCGCGGCGCGGGCGCGGGGCGAGGGCGGGCGCGGCAGGCGCCGCAGCGCCCCCUGCAGCCAGUCCUGGUGCUCCCGGCGCUGGUACACCACCAGCUCCAGCAUGGCGUCCGCCACCUCGGCGAUCAUGUACGCGUGCAGGUGCAGCACGCACGCUUCCAGCAGCGCGUACGUUAGCUCCUCGCCGUGCCGCUGUAAAGCUUCGCUCGCUAGUUCUGUCGCAAAAUUGAA